UUGAGAGAGUCUGAAGAGAAAACAAAGACCAUGUCGGUGGUGAGCGCGGUGCCGUUCAUGAAGCCGGUCCACAUGCGGUCCCCGGUGCCGCAGGGCCGCCGCCACACGCUGCCGGCCAGCGAGUUCCGCUCCCUCAGCCCGGAGGAUGCAAUAAGCGUGUUUGAGAUUGAGAGAGAAGCCUUCAUCUCAGUGUCCGGUGAGUGUCCUCUCCACCUGGACGAGGUGCGUCACUUCCUCACCCUCUGUCCUGAGCUGUCUCUUGGCUGGUUCGAGGAGGGACGUCUGGUGGCUUUUAUCAUCGGCUCACUGUGGGACCAGGAGAGGCUUACCAUGGACGCCCUGACUCUCCACAAGCCUCACGGGACCACGGUCCACAUCCACGUCCUGGCUGUUCACCGGACCUUCCGCCAGCAGGGCAAAGGCUCCAUCCUGAUGUGGCGCUACCUGCAGUACCUCAGGUGCCUGCCCUAUGUCCGCCGCGCCGUGCUCAUGUGCGAGGACUUUCUGGUCCCCUUCUACCAAAAGUCGGGUUUCAAGGUUCAGGGCCCCAGUGAGAUCACGGUUGGACCCCUCACUUUCAUCGAGAUGUUCUACCCAGUCAGGGGCCACGCCUUCAUGCGGCGAAACAGUGGCUGUUGAGGACGAAGGGACUCCAUGUGGAUUCUCUCUGGUUAUCAGAGGCGGUGGUGUGACCCCCCACGGGACGUCUGAGCAGCUUCAUGAGCGACCGGCACAGUGAUCAACACUGUGAGUGAGACUUGAUCAGCAGACAGUGUGGUAUGGUGUGUUUGGACUGUGGGUCUGCAGAGAGCUGAAAUCAAAGAGCUGUCAUCCAGCUGCUGACAACAUCUGUUUGGAGAAGUUGUUGGAAACUAAAAGAAAAAAAAAAAAUCUUGAUUUACAUUUUAAAAACCAAAUCAUUAGAGCAAAGCCCUGAGAGAAUAGAAGGCCUAAUUUCAAAUUCCAGUUUGUUUUUACAUGGAACCAUUUUAUUAUGAUAAAUGCUGGACAUUUAUUAUCAUAUUCGAUAGAACGCAGCUGCCUUCUUUCUUUCUUGCCCUCUUUUUUUACUUGUUAUUUAACCAGUUAAACCUGGUCUGUGGCUCAUAUAAAAAGCCAAAAAGGACCAUUUUUUAGUCAAUGUAGUAAAAUUGUUAAUGUGUUCUUUAUAGUUUUGUAUGAACAGUAUGCCUUUCAAAGCUGCUUUAGAAGAUUACUGUUGGUGUUCCACUUUGUACAGCUGUGGUAACAGUACAACUACACAGAAACAUGCCAAAGUAAACUAACCUUCAAAGACCAUGGGAUCAAAUCAUCCACAGAGGAGAUAUCAGCAGAUGAGUGUCAGAUAACGAGUGAAUGUAUUGACCAUCUCUAUCAGUGGCUGUUACAAAAACCUGUGGCAGCACUGUAAACAUGUUCCAAAAAUCUGUAAGGGUUGUAUAGUAUGUGAUGUAUUUUAACGUGUUUUACAGAGCAAAAUAUAGCCUUUAAUAGAAUAUAACUGAGAGUAUUGUGUGUACACAUAAAAUCCUAUGUGCAAUCAGUGUAUUUAGAUGUCCUAAAUAUCUCUCCUUGAUAGUCUCCUCUGGCCUUCUCCCCCGUAGACAUUCACCACCUCUGCCUCCCAAAGUCUUGAAUCAAGACAAAUGUUUGUUUUUUUAAGUAAUGUUCUGUUCUUAAUAUAAUAAAGCAUUUAUUUUCUAGCA